CUGUUCUGUUAAAGACAAAAAGUCCACGCUAUUAAUAAUAAAACAGCUGGAAAACAAUGAAAGUACAAUAAUAAUUUGUGCCGGUUAAACUUUACUUAUUCGUAUACACCCAAUCUAAAAACAUUUAAAAACACUCUGAAUAGUCGAAAAACAUGUUUGUACUGGCGGAACUUAAAGACAACGUACGCAUUGCGCCAGACCAUUUCAAUUUAAAGCUCGUGGAUGCUGUGCGCGAUGAAAUUGACCGGAAGCUAGCAAACAAGGUGUUGUUAAAUGUUGGCUUGUGCAUAGCACUUAAGGAAAUUGUCUCACUGAAGGACUCAAUUAUUUUACCAGGAGAUGGCGCCUCACACACGGAGGUUCUGUUUCGCUAUAUAGUCUUUCGUCCAAUGGUAGGCACAGUAAUGACUGGAAAGAUACGGAAUUGUAGUCGUGAGGGAGUUAACGUGACACUGGGCUUCUUCGAUGAUAUACUAAUUCCACAUGCUGCACUGCAGCAUCCGUCGCGUUUCGAUGAGGCGGAACAGGCCUGGGUCUGGGAAUAUCCCCUAGAUGAUGGCAGCAAACAUGAUCUGUUUAUGGACGUCGGCGAGCCCAUAAAAUUCCGUGUCUCACGGGAAAUAUUCGAAGAAACAUCGCCCAUCGGCCCGCCAAAAGCUGAAGGUCAGCAAUCACAAAACGCCAGCAGUUCUACCGCGUCAGCCGCAGCGACAGCUUCAGCACAAGAAGUGAAGACGCCCUAUAAAAUUAUCGGUGCUAUCAACGAGUCUGGCCUAGGUGUGCUCUCCUGGUGGGAUCAACAAGGCAAGGAGGAGGAGCAAGACGUUGAAGACGGCGAAGAUAAUACGGAAUAUGAUAAUGACGAUGAUGGCGAGGGCGCCUGCGAGGAAUGACGAAGGAAUAGUAUUGCCUCAACUACAACAUCUGUAAAUACUUAAGUAUUAAGGCAUCAUAUUUCUAGCUUUAAAUCAUAUAAUUUCUAAAAAGAUUUUGUGUAAAAUGAAACGCAACAUUUUCAA